GGCACUUCAUGGUGGAACAGUUCUGCCGCCAGAUGCAGCUGCUCCAGCUGAUGGAAGGCUCCGCCGAAAGGUUCGUGGAGCACCCCGAGGAACUGCUGGCACCUGUGCAGGUGCGCCUUGACUUUGACUACGCUUACCUGCUGGAGUAGUCGCCGCGGCUGGAGGAGCCCCUGCAGUUCGGCGAGGCGGUUAGGUACUCUUGUCUACGGGGUGGAGAGGGCGCUCCUGAAGACCAUGUACGGCUGUUGGGAAUGCCCUGCAUGCCGUGCUUGCAGUUUGAGCCGCUGGAUCAGCGUCUGUCCUUGAGCCAGGUGCAGGGCCUUCUGGCUGCAUAUACACCGAGGGAGACGUUGGAAAAGGAAAAAGAUCUCUCUUUAUGUGUUUCGAUUUAAUUUGGUUGUUUUUGAGCGUUCAAGUAGAGCAAUUUUGACUUCUAUGGUAUGGAUGCUCCGUUGUGUUCGGGCUGUUCCCGGCUCAUGAGUGAGCCACCAGAAGCUAAGAGUCACUGAAACGUUUAGCCUCCGCGCAUCCUCGAUUGCCUUCAUCGCCUUAAACUGAUCCAAUUGCCAGCCCACAGCCACGACUGCGAGUUAAAGUUGGGCUCAUCCACGUAUCUCGUCACAGCCAUCACCUGGAGGUAUGCCAUCUAAGAAGCAUCUAGGCAGCCACCAGGGCAGCCGCAUCAACCGGCGCCGUACGGUCCAGCUGAGCGAGUUUCUGCGCGAAGACGAAGAGGGAGGAGUUCUCCAGCAGGCAAAGUCUCAGAACUCCAACGAAGGCUCCAUUGGUUGGGUCUCUGUGAGCUCUGUUAAGACACCCGAUACACAGACCAACGAGUCGGAGAAGACUUCUCCAUCGCCACCAACACCUCGAAUCCCACUAAACGCUUGGGGUUUAUCUUCCGCCGAAAAGGAUCCCUAUCAAGAAACCUUUAAACCCGAUCAGCAGGCAUUUCCCGACUUGGGCAUGCAGGUGAAGAAGGUCAAGACGCUGGCCUUGCCUGAAGCCAACAGAGCCACAGGAGUCUCUCUUGAGACAGCUAGUCCUCGACGCGGUGGCCCAGUUCUGGGCAACUUUAUGCCGAAACCCUUGCUCCUCUCUCCUGGCAAAGAUCAAGCUGUGGCCAGCUGGCUGAGCUCCGUACGUUCGGAUCAGCGCAGCAAGCCGGCUUCUUGUUCUCCGCCUAAAAUAACCGUCUUGAAGAGACCCACAUACCAGCAGCCGAAGAUGUCCUGGCAGCCAGUGGAACCAGCUCAGACACGGGGUCCAUUUCAGCAAAAGAACCCACCAAAGAGUCCUGGCAGUAUCUUUGAGUAUAAACUACAACAGAAGAGACCUGCAGGUCCCUCAAGUCAGGAGAAUCCUUCUGCUCGGGAGGAAACCAAAUCACUCGUUGAAAUUCAGGCCGUCAAGGAGGAGGAUGCACUAGUGUCCGCUUUCCAAGAUCAAGGACAAGGUCGUAGUCGCGGUUUCUGGGGGGAAAGCCACAACUCAUCGCUGGGGCAUCAAUCGGUGACCAAGCCUGAGAGGGAGACGGCCGGUGGUCUAUUACAGAGACAGGACCAGGUUUUACCUCUCAUCCAACGCUCCUUAUUGAAUGCCAAUGCUAAGGAGUUUCGUCCCAUGGUUAGGCAGCCAGAGUGGGAGCAGGAACAGGAGCAGGAGCAGGAGCAACUGUAUCCAGCUGAGGAAUAUCCGCCAGAACCUUACGAAUCCCGACUGACGCGAAGACGUCGCCUUCAGCGAGCUAAACGUUCCAAGCGUUGGUCACUCGAGCAGGCUAAUUAUGGUCAGGUUCUUGAUAUCCAGGUGCCGCUGGCUCAAGGUCAGCAGUUGCAGCAGCGUCAGCGACUAUAUGCCGGAAUGCAGCAGCAGCAGGAGCAGCAGCACCAGCAAAAGCAGCAGCAGCAACAGAGUCAGGCUUCCACUUCCUUUUCCCGUUGCUACUACAGUGUCCCGCCGGCUCAUCAUCAUCAUCAGCACCCGCGGGAGCGGCAACGACAGCAUCAAGCAGCUCAAUUACACCAAACCAACCACGGGUAUCCAGUUUAUGCCACCCAAACAGCAUAUAGAGCUCCACACGCUGCUCCAGUUUAUGGCGCACCAUCUUCAACUUCUUCCGCUAGACUGGAUUAUGUGGCUGCUCCAGCUACUGGGAGAGCCUAUGAAGCUCCAAUCGCUGCUACUCGGAGAGCCUAUAGAGCUUCUUCAUACGCUGCUCCAGUUUACGUAGCUUCACCUAUUUAUGCCGCUCCGCCGUCAGCAGCUUCAACCUCUAACCUAGAUUAUAUCGCCGGGGCAGCUACUCCAAGAGCCUAUGGAGCUCCACCCGCUGCUACUUCUGUUUAUGCCGCUUCGCCGACACCACCUUCAUCCUCUAACCUAGAUUAUAUCACCGGGGCAGCUACUCCAAGAGCCUAUGGAUCUCCCCCCGCAGCUACUCCGAGAGGCUAUGGAGCUCCACCAGCUGUUAAUCCUGUUUAUGCCGCUCCGCCGCCACCAGCUUCAUCCUCUAACCUAGAUUAUGUUGCUGCGCCUGCUGCCACUCAAACACCCUAUGGAGGCUAUUUAUCCAUGGUCUGCCCAUUUAUCUGGGCCAUGGAGUAGCCCAGGAAUUGGAGGUGUGUGCCUAGUCUUCUGUCCACCUUCUCCGCCAGCUGUUAAUAGUUUUCUCAUUAUCCUAAACAUCGAUCUGUACAUAUCACAAGGACCAGCAGCUGGUGGAGCAGCAUACACAAAGACCCAGCGUUGUAUGCUUCUUUAGACACAAAACCUACCUUGCCAGAAGGCACACAACAUUACACACGAUUCGAUUUAUAUCGAAAUUUGUAGUUUUUUAGAAUGAAUUUACAUCGCAAAUUGUGUUUAUAAACCAUUUUAGUUUA